AUGGCCGCCGUCUGCGACAUCUGCGGCAAGGUGCUGCGCAGCGCCUCGGCCGAGGCCAUGGCGGCGCAUAAACGCGAGAGCCAGUCGUGCACGCGGGUCAAAACAAAGGGCGCGAGUGGCGAGGUGGCGAGGCUGGAGGAGAAGCUUCGUGCGGUGAUUGAGGCGGGCCGUCGGCUUGCGGCACACGGCGGCGCGUACGACGUCGUCGAGGCCAACACCAAGGAGCGGGGCGAGGCGGAGAAGGCGCGAGUCAAGGAGCUGGCGCAGCAGUCGAUGUCGGCCGCCGGCUGGACGAGCGCGCUGCUGCAGGGGGAAGAGAACCGGUUCGCUAAGGCCGACGAGGGCGCGGUCGAGUCGCAGCUGGCUGCGGCGACGGCGGCCGAGCGGGCGGCCGACGCGGCGCGGGCGGCGGAGGAGGCGGAGGGCGAGGAGGGCGAGCGGGAGGCGGUGGACCCGUACGGCCUGCUCGAGCUCGAGGAUCGCCGGUGGGCGGCGACGCCCGAGGAGCUGCGCAAGGCGUACCGCCGGCUGGUGCUGGAGAAGCAUCCGGACAAGAAGGCGGCGCAGGAGAAUGGCGGCGCCAGAGGCGGCAAGGAGGGCGGCAAGGAGGGCGGCAAGGAGGGCGGCAAGGAGGGCGGCAGGAGGGGCAAGGGCGGCGGCGGCGAGGGCGGCAACAACGGCAACGGCAAGGAGGGGGGCGGCGAGGAGGGCGGCGAGGAGGAGGGGGGGGAGGGCGAGGAGGAGGGCGAGGAGGAGGAGGAGUUCAAGCUGCUGUCGGCGGCGUGGGAGCUGCUGGGCAGUGAGGAGAAGCGGCGACAGUACGACUCGGUCGACUACUUUAACGACGCGCUCCCCACCGCCUUCCGGCCGCGCGCCGACGACCCGGGCCGCUUCUUCCGCGUGUUUGGGCCCGUGUUUGCUCGGCAGGCAAAGUUCUCGGUGGUGCGGCCGGUGCCGUCGGUUGGCGACGACGAGACGCCGCUGGAGGAGGUGCAGCGCUUCUACGCCUUUUGGACGCGCUUCCGCUCCUGGCGCGACUUUUCGCUGCUGGCCGAGUACGACACGGCUGAGGCGGAGGACCGCGAGGAGCGGCGGUGGAUGCAGCGGCAGAACAAGAACGAGGUGGAGCGACUCAAGCGGAGCGAGAUGCGGCGGCUGAUGAGCGCGGUCGAGCUGGCGCAGGAGAACGACCCGCGGCUGCAUCGUGCCAAGGAGGAGCGCGCGGCGGAGCGCGAGCUGCAGCGGAGGCGAAAGGAGGAGGCGCUGGCGGCGGAGAAGCGCGCAAAGGCGGAGGCGGCGGAGCAGGCCCGGGCGGCGGAGGCGGCGGCGGCGGCGGCGGCGGCGGCGGAGCGGGCGUCCAAGGAUUCGGACAAGGCGGCGGCGAAGCGCGAGAAGGAGAAGGCGCGGUCGGCGCUCAAAAAGGCGCGCAAAGAGCUGAAGUCGCUCGGCGAGGAGGGCGCCGCGUGGCGCGCGCGCGCGUCGGACCUGGAGGCGGUGGCGAGUGGGCUGCCUCUGGUCGAGAUCGAGGCGCUGCACGCGACGCUGUCCGCCGGCGACGAGGCCGCCGGCACCGACGCGCUCGAGGCGGCCCUGCGCAAGGUGCUCGGCUGA